AUAAACAAUACAUAAUGAACAAUCCAAAUUUAUAUUCUACUGCAAAUGCAAUGCAAAAAUAUGAUGCAAAAUUACUGAUAGAUAAUUAUUUUAACAAUAUCAAAUGGUUGCCAAAUGGUGGCGAUAUUUCAUUAGAUAUUGGUUGUGGCGAUGGAGGAGUAACAUACGAGUUUUUAUUAAAUAAUAUGCCAAAUAAUGCUGAGAAAAUAAUUGGUACAGAUAUAUCAGAACAAAUGAUAAUGUAUGCUAAUGAAUAUUAUCAGCAUCGGAAAUUGAAAUUUGAAUAUUUGGAUAUUAGUUCAAAAACAUUAUCGGAACAAUUUAUUGGUAAAUUUGAUCAUGUAUUCUCAUUGAAUUGCUUACAUUGGGUUCACGAUCAAAGGCAAGCUUUUCAAAAUAUUUAUGAUUUAUUGAAGUCAAAUGGAGAUAUGCUUGUUUCGUACGUAGCUAGUAGUCCAGUAUUUUCAAUUUAUGAAACUCUUUCGAAACUAGAUAAAUGGAAAUCAUAUAUGCUGGAUUACACCAAAUAUAUAUGCCCGUAUCAUAAUAAUUUGAAUACCGAAGAGGACUUAACAAAAUUAUUAGAAAGUAUAGGAUUUGAAGUUGUCAUAUGUAAAUGCGAAAAGCGUCAAUUUGUUUACAAAGAUUUAGAAUCUUGGAUAAAUUUCAUAAAAACGGUAAAUCCAUUCCUGAAUCGUAUACCAGAAUCGAAUCGAAAUGAAUAUAUUGAUCAGUUUUUAGAAGAAUGCAAAAAACAUGGAGUAGUCGUACCAAAUAAUGUGAAUGUUACCAAACCAUAUGACGAACUUAUUGUGUACGCCCAGAAAAAAAUUUAAUACUGAAAAAUACACACUACCUCAAAACAGCGUAUAUUACAAGAUUUUAUAAAUUUAUAAAUCCAUUUCUUAUAUUCGCUUACCAGACAGUAAAUCGAAACAUGAUGAAUAUAUAGAUGAGCACAUUGCAAAAAGGAUAAUAUGUGGAAUUCCAAAAAGUAGGUUUUUGGAGUUAACCAUCCGUAUGUGAAUCUUACUGUGUACCUUAAAAAUACGCAAUCUACUGACCGUUUUUGUACUAUAAUAUAAUUUAUGUAAAGAUAUCCCUAACAGAAAGCUGGAAAGGGUAUGUAAACGGCAUGCAGUUUAAACAAAAUUGUGUAAUUUAUACCUAUGUACAUGAAAUAAACGCUAUUGAUAUAUUGA